AUGCGAAAAGGUUUUAGCUGGCCGGGGAAUCGCCUUCGGGCGACGGUUUUUUGGUAAGUAAAUUAUUUGAAAAAAAUGUAAUCUUGAGCUUCUUUGUUCCGUUAAUUUAAUUUUUGUUAUAUUUCACGGCAUGCUGAAAAAAACUCGGAUGGUUCGUUUAGUUCGGUCGGACUUUCCAGGCAAGAAAGGUAAUUAUAUAUAUGCGAUUCCUGCUUUUUCGAAAUUCCUCGUUGAGCGUUCUUCAAUAAAACUAUAUUCUUUUCAGUGCGGAAGAAGCUGAUCUGAGAGAAGCACAAGAACAAGGUGCUGGCGAUGUCAACGAAACAACUAUUGAUGAAGAACCUUCAAAUAUUGAUGUGGUUGGAUGAAAUAUUUAUUGAUGUGUUCUUUAAGGUGUUUUAACUGUCAUAUAGGCCAUUCCGCGACAGCUUGUCACGUUUUUCUUUUCGCCAAAAAGACCGUAUAUAUCAAAUUUCUGCUUUUAUAACGGCAAGAAACAACGGUCUUGAAGCGAAGUUGGUAAAAUUUGACCUGGCCUUUUGGCGGAAAGAAAAACGUGACGAGCUGGCGCGGAUUGGCCUAUAGACAUUUGUGUCUACUUUCCAAAUCUUAACACGCUGUCUCUGUAAUUCUCAAAAAGAGUGGGUACAAUAGAAAAAAUAUUUUUUGGUUUUGAGGAAACUUCACCCGCUGUGAUAGUCUGUCAUCAGAAAUGCCGACGCAAGUUUUCAGUCCGAUUCCUCCUACCGUAGCUAGGUUACGGUAGGCAGGUGCGUCUUUUCGUAUUUAGGAAACUAUGCGUUCUUUCUAGGAAUACCUACCGGUCAUCUCGGAAAAUCGCUUCGAAGAGGCUCAACUUGGCAUCUGUCGGGGAAAAUCUCCCGCGGUUAGAGAUUUCUACCUCUCUUCUCUCUUCAGAUCCGGUGCUAAAGUUUGUUUCAUUUGAUAGAGCAAGGUUGUACUUCACAGAUGAUAGUGUUUCCUCCGACUUUCAGCCUACCCUUCUAACAAAAAAUUCAGUUUGAAGCCGAUUUUGGCCUAAAAACAACGAUUCUCAGAUUUCAACGAUUUUUCCUGAGCUCAGUCCUACGGAGAAGUCGGAGGAAACACUAUCAUCUGUGAAGUACAACCUUGCUUUAUCAAAUGAAAAAAACUCUAGCACCGGAUCUGAAGAGAAAAGAGAGGUUGAAAUCUCUAACCGUAGGCGAUUUUCCCCGACAGAUGCCAAGUUGAGCCUCUUCGAAGCGAUUUUCCGAGAUGACCGGUAGGACAGAUCUCUUUCAAAGUGGUAUCUAUUAGUAGGUAUUGCUGCGAAGAAUGUUUAAGGAAAGUUACCAGCCGUGGUCUUUCUCCUAACACACAGGGUGAGGGAAAAACCGGAAUCGCAGACACAAAAAUUACCGUAACUCAAAAAAUUUCUACAGUAACCCAUGCUUGUAUGUACUGAAAAAGUUCUUAAAAUUGCAUUCCCUAUAGAUUGAUAUACAAUAUUCCUAGAAAAAACGCAUAGUUUCCUAAAUACGAAAAGACGCACCUGCCUACCGUAACCUAGCUACGGUAGGAGGAAUCGGUCUGAAAACUUGCGUCGGCAUUUCUGAUGACAGACUAUCACAGCGGGUGAAGUUUCAUCAAAAUCAAAAAAAAUUUUUUUUAUUGUACCCACUCUUUUUGAAAACUUUUGAAAAUUACAGAGACAGCGUGUUAACUUGUUAUUUGUUUUCUUUUGUUUCUUCUGUUUUUAUAUUCCUGUUGUUGUUAAAGUUUGCUGCUUCUAUCAAUUCAUUUCCAAACGUUGACCGAAUAAAAAUGAUAUCAGCAUGUCUACACUCUUAAAAAGAAUACUAGAAUAACGUGAACAUGGGCUAUAAAAAGGGUGGAGAAAGGCUAUGAAGAAAAAAUCGUGGAAAUGGUGCGUAACGGGUGCAUAAAGGCAGAAAAAGGGUGCAGAAAGGCAGCAAAAAGGGAGCCUUCGUCACCCUGAAAGGAACAUUUCUAUGGAGUCUUCCAGCACCCUUUGAGGACCCUCGGAGGGUCCUCAAAGGGCCCUUCGGACUUUGCCUAUGAUAUAGUCUGUUCACAUUUUGAAUGUAAAUUAGAAUGACGUCAUUCGAAAACGCUCUGUGGAUGACUCGCUCUCUGAUUGGUCUAUCGCACCAUUAUGGGCGGAGCUUGAGCAACGACUUGACAUUCAAAAUCUGAACAGACUAUAUCACUCAAUAAAAAGAAGAUUUCGCACAUUUUUGAGUUUUGGUCGUUUGUAAGUUUUAUUUCAAAACAAAAAUUUGGAUUUUUUUAUCAUCUCGAAUUUUCCCGAUUUCGACUCGAUCUCCUCUCGAGAUGAAAAAACCUGUCUCGUGCACCCAUGGUGCGUACGCGGUCCUUGGCACGAGUACAGUUCAACGAGUUCAAGCGCAGCCACUAUUCAAAAAGCUCGGUCAUCUCUCUUUUUUAUAUGUUCUACUAUUUUUAAUGCACUCAUAAAAAAAUCAAUAAAUAAUUCAAAAAAAAAUGAAAAAAGCGACAAACGAGCUCUCCAAACAGUCGCCUGCGCUUGAAUUGCACUCUCGCAUGCUGAUCAGGUGUCUCAACGGGUGUACCCGUGUUAAACCCGUGUUUCUGAGGUUAUUCUAGUCUCAGUUGGGCUAAAACGGGGGAACAACGGGUAUAAGAAAAAUAUGUAACCCAGCAGUGCUAAAGCGGGGUCUCAGUUGGGCUAAAAAUUGCCAAAAGUUCUAUAAGCUGGGCUUUUACGGGUUUAAUACGGGGGCACCCGCUGAGACCCCGUGUUAGCACCGCUGGGUUACCCUGCUCAGCAUGCGAGCUCGUGCCAAGAGCCGCGUACGCACACGCUACGCGAUGCGUCUUGCCCCUGCCCCGCAUUUUAAGUCGGUAAACAUUGACUAUCAUUCCCCGUUGCUUUAUGGCUCACUUUCAUACGUCGGCUGGAUCUCACCCGGCCUUUUGCCCGCGAAGUGAAAAUUCAAAAACUUGCAAAAUUUUGAAGUGCCUCGGACACAUAUCGUCUGCGGAGGCAAAAAUUUAACCCGCUUGUGAAGGCUCCCGGACCCUUGCAGCGCUGCACCUGACUUGGCGGGAUUUUCGCGGCGGCCUAUCAUAGAGCAACUGCGGCCUACCCUGGAGCCUUUCCGGCCUACUCUGGAGGCUUUCCGGCCUAACCGGAAGCCUUUGCGGCCUACCCGGGAGCAGUUGAGGCCUAUACAGAGGCGCAUCAUAUAA